CCAGGUCACAACUAUGCGAUCCUUGCAGUACAUAAAGCAGGAGCAAAACGAGAGGUGGUCUUGAAGAGUACCUUAAGUGUCGGAGUGAGGAUGCUAUAUGCCUACCUACUAUAUGGUAGGUAGUCACGGGGCCUAGAAACCCUAGGAUAGUGAUUUGGCAGCCUUACGGCACGUACCUCUCUGGUGAUAAAACGUAUCUAUGUGGAAAUGUUGGAGGAAAGAAGGAAAGAAGGAAAGAAGGCCCAGUCUCGGCGGACGGGAAGGAACUCUCAAGAGCGAUGAUGCCUGGGUGGCGAGGGACGCACAUGAAACUUCCCGAACAGUCAAGACUUGACCAUUGUCUCUACGAUCAGAAUCUCUAGACACAAAACAUACAUCAAUACUCCGGAGAUAUUAUUAUCGCUUUGCAUUCUUUGAAAAGCAUCUUUAUGCUUGUGAGCAAGUAUGAAUUGGACUGAAGGCAGCCUUGCUCGCCAUUCUCGAGGUAAGCAGCGCAACGCAUUGAUUGCACGACAGAAACAGCACUUUGCGAGGGCUCGGAGUGGUCUACUCAACACGCGACCCCAAAGAGGGCCUCCUUCAAUAUCUUUUCUCCCGUCCAAACCGAACCCGGAUUUAACGUCGGAAUCAACACACCGAACCCCCAAGCCUUGGAGCUACGAUGAAAGGCUUUCUACACCUCCAUUACCACCUAGCAUUCGAGCGUCUCGGCAAGAACACCCGACAGAUAUACUUGAUGUUCAUCCUGAAGAGGUACUUACUAGCUUCAAUCGGCGGAAAAGAUUGCUCGAGAAGUCGGAUUGGGCUGGGUUGAAGUUACAGGAACCAUUGAAUAUUUCUUUCCCUGGCCAGAUCUAUGCGACAAGGAGAUGGUCCAAAAUUGCCAGCCCUCGAGACAAUGCGUUGAAUGAGUCGCAAAAGCUCACUCUCUCGUAUGAACAUGAGCGGUAUAAUCAAGAGCAGUCCCGUCACCUCAAGAGAUCAUCCAUGAGAAUUCAAAUUGGCAGCCAGGAGAUACAACCAAGUAUAGAGACUUGCUCGCAACCAAGCGCCAAGUGGUACAUUCUGGAGCCAGACUCAUCAGCCCAUGAGGCUCCCUACCGAUCGAUAGCGGCAAGCACCAUACAGAGUUCUGGGCGCGCAGAGUAUGGGGAUAGGAGUGCUAGUUCAGUCAACCGUUCUUUGAUAUUAUCCUGCUGUUUUAGCAGAGACCAACCUCCUGUCAACGUGAUCUACUCAUCCCCAGCUAUCAUUGAGCCGGUACCUCGUCGUUACUUCCAUUCCAAGACUCAGCAAUGGCUCUCGCCCAGUUCGGAAGAUGGAGAAAGUAUACAAGUCGAAAUUGAGCGACCAGUUCGACCCGUACCACCAUCACAAGCAUCGGAGAAUAGGAGAUGGAAAAAUUGGGUUUCAUAUGAAAAAAAUUCAGACCUACUGUCCGAUAGCGCUGUGACGGCUAUAGCUACAUCGGAGAUUCAUGCUCAAGACUCGGAGAGCAGUAUCAUCACCCUACCAUCUCAUCUUCAGUUCCGGUUACCUAGCUUUUGUCUCUCUAGUGAGCCAGAUGCGGCACUCAGGUACAGCGGAGCUGUACCCUCGCCCGAGCCCUCGCCUGAGUCAUCCCCAAUACAUGUUAGCAACAGAAGUCCUAAGGGAAGCCAUGAUAUCCAUCCAGCUGGGGAAUAUCUUCCAGGGAAAUAUAAUUCACUGCCGUCCAAAAGACAGUGCAAGCCUGCAAAGAAACGGGAGAGCACAGAUGAUCUAAACGAGACGUGGCGUAAAUUUGCGUAUGGGGAAGGUGAGGAUAGUGAAGAGUUAUUAAAUAAUGCGUUUAAGGAGGCCGCGCAUCAAGCAGCUGUGGAAUUACGACCCUCUGACACCUCUGACAGCGCGGAUAUGUAUACAGAAACUGCUGCGACGUGUGGGACAGAGCUAUCUCCUGGAGAUCGCCAGGAUGAUUACAACGAGACAUCUUCCGAGAGUCACUUACAUAUGAGAAGGAUGACAUGCUCAGAGGCGGCAUUAAGCACGAUCGCGACGGUUGGGUCUUCUGUCGGGCUGUCAGCUAAAUCUGCGUCAUUCGUCUUGCCAAAAUCCUUUGUAGGAAAAUAUGCGGACAUUGAACGAACCCCAGCGGUUCGACCUUUCAAUGCAGGUAUGUCGAGAGAUGAGAGAGGGGGGAGAAGGAAAAGGAGGAAGAAAAUGACUACAGACGGUAGGACCAAUAUUCGGUGCUUACCUGAUUUUGAUGAGGACCCGAUCGAAGAGAUUGAGGAUUAAUUCCACCGAAUAAAGAAAAGCUUAUAGCCGUCUUGUGUCUGGAAAUAUUCUACUGUCAUCGUCGAGUGCUCAUCCGAUCUGAUGCAAGUGGCGGAAGAUAAUUGGUGUGAUGAUUACGAGAAAUUACCGAUAUCCGGAUCCAUCGGGCUAAUUAGUGCCA